GGAUUAGAGUUUCAAGCAGAGGCUAUCCAUAGCUCUGGAGGCAGCCAAGGUUUGGGGUGUUCGUUUUGGAGCUAGUAACUGGACAGCAAGCUGCGAAUAUAGACUAUCAGAUCCAAUGAAAUCUUGAUUCAGUGGGUUUGAUCACAGCCAUGUUCAAACACUUUUGUUGAUGGCUAGCUUGUUGGAAGCUUUACCAUGGAGGGAAUCCGGAAUUUGAUCAGGCUGCUACAAUGCAUGAGUUUCCCUGGAAAUGGAAGGCCAAGAAUGGACAUGGUUGUGCUUAAGCUUAAACAGAUUCAUGAGAAAGAGAUGGCACUAACAACAGUUAUGGGUGAGAAGAUCUGCCAUUAUAGACAGGGAGGUGGUUGAGGGAGAUUCUGCAUUUACUCUGCAAAAAUGUAAAAUCCCUGUGCUCCAGCUCAGACUAAUCUUAUAUUCCCAGCUCGAGCUUUAUGUUCUAACCAAGUUCAAAUCCCAGAUUCAAAAUAAAGUUUGUUUAAGAAAAUGAGCUGAACUUC